AUGGCGGGCGGCUUUCCGCUCCGCAAAUGGUCGGCCAACGAGGAGUCCUUGCUGACGGACGUUCCAGCGGAGCACAGGAUGCAGCGCGAGCUCCGCUCUUGGCGACCGAAAGAAUCGCAUGCCACUCUCGGCCUUCAAUGGCAUCCCUGCCUCGACAGCUUCUCCUUUGCGACGAAGACGAGUUUAGUGACAUCUUUCACGAAAAGGUCGGUGCUGUCCCUCACUGCCCGGCUUUUUGAUCCGCUCGGUUGGCUGGCGCCGGUGGUAGUGAGUGCAAAGAUCUUGUUCCAGGCUACCUGGCUAAGAGGACUGGACUGGGAUGACACCUUGAGCAAGACUGACGCUCUGCAGUGGAAGACCUACCAGGCGGAGCUCCCGUUGCUGGAGCAAAUUCGAGUCCCUCGGAGAAUAUAUCCAGACGCCAGAGGACUCGGCGUCGAACUUCAUGGUUUUGCCGAUGCAUCCGAGAAGGCCUAUGCUGCCGUGGUUUACUUGCGAGCACAGGCGCAGGACGGAUCAUGGCUGGUCACCUUGCUCGCGGCAAAGACCAAGGUCGCCCCUCUCAAAACCGUGGCUCUGCCUCGACUUGAGCUCGAUGCUGCUGCGCUGCUCGCGCGGCUUGCUGCCCACACGAAGGUCACGCUCGAACUGCCCGAGGCGCCUCUUCAUCUAUGGGUAUCAGCAAUUCAAACGGCGGUCCCGGAGGCGCUGUGGCAUCAUGUGCCUGGCCGGGACAAUCCAGCGGACUGUGCCUCUCGAGGUAUCUCUCCCGGCGAGUUAGGAAAUCAUCCUCUCUGGUGGUACGGGCCGCCUUGGCUCAAGGAGGACUCUUCAGCGUGGCCCGCUACCGGAGUGUCGGAGACGGAGGAGCUGCCCGAAGAGCGG